AUGGAACAUCUGUCAAUCCGGCUCAAGCCUCCAUACCAGUCACUUCGAUUUCCCUGUAUCUGCGCCUCACAAGAUCAAGCUACAGGAGCUGUCGAGAUAUUGACUCCUGUACGGUUCAGUUUCACGGGGGAAGACUUCCCUCCAUCCCCCAAAGAGAGAAUACCCCUCUCCGAGGCGGGCCCCUUCCUUCAGUCAUGGCUUUGGUUCGAUACGAUCAGGGAUGUCUUCAGCACGGCCGAUAUCAUCGUGCAGGCCACAGACUUCGUCCAAGUGGACGAGGAACUUGGCUUGCGGCUUGACACGUCCAUACUUCACCGAUACUUUUGGUACUGGGUGGCAGCAGACUCGCGGGCGAGUCGCGAGGUACGUGUGCAGCGCUGCAACGACAUCGACGCUCGCCUAGAAUCUGUGGCUCAGAUUCUGGAACAUUAUAUUGUCUUUAAGGAUAAUCCGGCGGCGCCGGACAUCGAGAACGUCUCUCAACUUGGCACAUACCUGAUUGACGACGAAAACAACGUCCUCUUGGCCGUGGCUCUCCUCGGCGAGGUUCUUGAUCUGGCGAGGCGCUCCAUUUACUCCGACCUUGACCCCGGCCCACUGCGGCUUUGGACGAAAACGCUUCUUAUCAGGAGAUUGCUCAUUCAAGCAGGGUGGUGCAUCAGUGAGUUGGCGGCGGCUUUUGAUCUUUCCACGUUGUCAGAUACUUCGGUGCCGUUGUCCCUCAGUCGGCUUGACCGCUCGUCUCUCCUGAGAAAUCAUAAUGCAUGUUCUAUUGCAGAAUGCUCCCACGCCAAAAUCGACUACUCUACAUAUCGGCCAAUGCAUGUUCAUGACGACUGUUCAUGUCCGGAUAUCACACCGCCGUACACAGAGCAAAGAAAGAUCGAUCGGGCGUUGUGCAAGGGUGCGUAUCCCGUCGUGACAUAUUCCGGCACCGACAGCUUUGGGUCCAAGUUAUUGGUCGAUACACCCACAACUGUCGAUGAUCGGACUAUGUAUGUGGCGAUCUCGCACGUACGGGCCGACAGACUCGGCAACAUGCGCGAGAAUGCUCUGCCUGCCUGCCAGCUGGAAUAUCUUCAGAAGUGUGUGAACUCCCUAUACCCUGAAAAUGUUACCGAUGUCCCUUUCUGGAUAGACACCAUUUGCGUUCCCCGAGAACAGCCGGCUAGGGGAAUGGCUAUUCAGAGCAUGCGGAAAGUCUACGGACAAGCCGACAAAAUCCUGGUCUUGGACUCGACGAUUCGAUUGCUAGAUGCAAAAGCACGCCCUGAGGAUCUUCUUUUGGCCAUCAAAUUCGCCCCAUGGUCGACGCGACUCUGGACCUGGCACGAGAGCAUGCUCGCAAGACAAGUCUUCUUCCAGCUAGAAGAUGGCUUGAUCUGGGGAGACGACAUUGAGCGGCGUUUCAACUCGGAGUUCCCCCACGAUUGUACAGCUAUACACGCGCGUGAUCUUAUUGCUGACAGGGACGGGCCCAACGGGACGAUUUGCGAAGCAUUGAUACAAGCGAUGUCAGUGGCUGAACUUGAGGAAGACGAGGAAAGCUUAGGCUGCCUCCCUACCGAAGAUCAAUUAUGCGAAAAUGACGAUCAUGCCGAUGAACUGGCACCCAUCGUCCACAAGAGAAUCCCUGACGAUGACGGAGUUGAAGAAUAUAACCUGGAGCUGGAUCGCUGUUAUGAAUUGAUGAAUGAGUUGGCGGAGGUGCGAGAAGAACUGGCAAGUAGUCGACAAGGUCCAGUUACGGAGGAAGAUAUCAGAGCUCUGGAAGAGGAAAUCGCCCUUCGCAAAGAGCUGACCGAGAUGAUGCAUGAAGAAUCACGCACUCUCACGUCGGAAAUCCUCCGGGCAAAACGAAAUCAUCUGGGUGAAUGGGACCACGAGCAGGAAAAUCCAUUCGUCAGCUCGCCCGAUGCCCGUUCCCAGUGGGCUGAAGGUGGCCCUCCCAAAAGAUGCAACAAGAGACUCCUCGAGAGGCUCCGGCGCUGUCACAACGGCCCGUCAUUCCGCUACUGGCUACGAGGAUUUAACCCGGUAUACCAAGAAUGUUGGCCGUUCUAUUUCGAGCUGCGCAACGGCUACAAGCGAACGUUGAUGAAUCCUGAAUUCGGCAGCGUACUGGACUAUCAACGACUUGGUGAGGUCAUCUCUGCAGUCGGUUGGCGGAGUACGAGUUGGCCUGGAGACGAGGCGAUAUGCCUCGCCAUUGUCUUAGACCUGGAUGUUGGGCGUGUCCAGAGGGCGUCGCCUCUUGCGCGGAUGGAAGUGCUGAUCGGUAUGCUCCAGAGCGUACCAAGAGCCCUGCUGUUCAUGCCUCUCCCUCGGAUGAGCACAGAAGGACUGCGAUGGAUGCCCAAGUCUUUCUUAGGAGCCGGAUUAGCUGCCUCGGGUCCAUUGAACUCAAGACAUGACACCGAGGCCUUCCGUACCAGCCAGGGACUCUACUUUAGCGCCGAAGGAUGCUUCAUCGAUCCGAGCGACUUUCCUGCGGGCAAAGAGCCUCCGUUGCUCGUCAUCGAAGGCCAUUGCUACGGGGUUUUGCCCGAAGGAGAAGAAUGGCCAGAGCUCCACGGCCGGCUCGGAGCCUUGAUCUUUUACGAGAAGCCCACCAAAACCCACGGACGACAUGUGGCCCUUGUGAGCGUGGAAGAAGAGUCGGAGGAUAUCAUGUUCGCUUGCUAUGAGCGGUGUCUGUACAUGGCGGGAAUCGGCGAUGACGUUUCUGCCUGGCUUCUGGAAGACCCAGAGGGCGAACGUUCAACGAUGAGAACUUGCUGGGCCCGGUACACACCUAAACAGCAAGAGUGGUGCAUUUCAUAG